CGAUCCUACCGAACCAAGUUGGGUUGUUUGUCCGUACCUGCCUUCUCAUGCUUCACGGCAAGUAUUAAAACCGGUGACACCACCGCUCCUUCCUUGCGUUGAUCUUUUCCUCACUCUUUGCUCGUCACUCUGAGACGGUUGCUUGGACCCAGGCCCUCCCAUCAAUCUCUUAUUUGACUCUACACCUUCAACCCUGUUGGGUCGUCCUUCGCCUUGCUUGAGCCUUGUAUUGUUUCUCGCUCCCACGUGGACUUCAACAUGGCGGAAGUCAAAAACAUCGAUUCUCCUGCCUCUCCUCAGGACUCAGAGAAGGGUUUCCAACCCACGGAUGCCGCUGCCCGCAGAACGGACAACCGUGAGGAUGACUUCCUCACUCGAAAUGGUCUCAACCUCAAGAGCUUCCAAAAGCGUGAAUGGGUUGAAGGCGAAACUACCGAGCUCGAUCGCUCGAUGAAGCCUCGCCAUUUGAACAUGAUCGCCAUUGGAGGUUCCAUUGGUGCCGGUUUCUUCGUUGGUUCUGGAAGCGCCUUGACUAAAGGUGGCCCAGCCUCGGUCUUGAUCUGUUUCUUGAUCGCCGGUGUCAUGAUCUUCAACGUCGUCUACGCUCUUGGUGAACUCGCUGUUAUGUACCCUGUCUCUGGUGGUUUCUAUACCUACUCGGUCCGCUUCGUCGACCCCUCUUGGGGUUUCGCCAUGGGCUGGAACUACGUCUUUCAAUGGAUCAUCGUCUUACCUCUGGAAUUAACCGUCGUCUCCUUUACCGUGCAAUAUUGGAAUAAGGACAUAAACGUGGCUGUAUGGAUAACCAUUUUCUGGGUCUUCAUCAUUUUCAUCAACGUCUUCGGUACCCUCGGUUAUGCCGAAGAGGAAUUUGUCUCCUCACUUUUUAAGCUCCUGGCGACUGUCAUCUUUAUGGUUGUCGCCGUUGUCUUGAUCUGCGGUGGCGGUCCUGCGCGAGGUAUCUACCACGAGUACUGGGGUGCCCGUCUUUGGUACGACCCUGGUGCAUUCCAGAACGGUUUCCGUGGCUUCUGCUCUGUCUUCGUCACUGCCGCCUUCUCAUUCGCCGGUACUGAGUUGGUCGGUCUUGCCGCUGCUGAGUCCAACAACCCCCAGAAGGCUCUUCCCAGCGCCAUCAAGCAGGUCUUCUGGCGAAUUACCCUCUUCUAUAUCCUUGGUUUGACUUUUGUCGGCCUUUUGGUCAGCUCCACCGAUACUCGUCUCCUCAACGCCUCCAACCCCUAUGCCGACGGAACCUCUCCAUUCGUGCUCGCACCCUUGGACGCCGGUCUCAUUGGUUAUGACAGUUUCAUGAACGUUGUUAUUCUUGUCUCCGUCGUUUCCAUCGGCGUUUCCUGCGUCUAUGGAGGCUCAAGAACCUUGACUGCCCUCGCCCAGCAGGGCUAUGCUCCUCGGCUCUUUGCCUACAUCGACAGAUCCGGCCGUCCUCUUUGGUCUGUUGCCAUCAACUUGGCCUUUGGCGGUCUCGCCUAUGUCGUUUUGGCUUCGUCUGGUGGUGUCGUUUUUGACUGGCUUCUGGCCUUGUCUGGUCUUGCCACCCUCUUCACCUGGGGUUCCAUCUGUUUGGCACAUAUCCGUUUCCGACAGGCAUGGCACCGCCAGGGUCGCUCUCUCGAUGACAUUCCAUUCAAGGCCAUUUUCGGUGUCUAUGGCUCCUGGCUGGGUGUUUUCCUCGUCUUCAUCGCCCUUGCCGCUCAAUUCUACAGUGCCAUCGCUCCCCCCUUCACCAGCGACCUCAACGAUGCCGAGGGUUUCUUCAAGGCCUACCUCGCUCUUCCCGUGGUCCUCCUUUUCUGGGCUGUUGGCUACAUCUGGAAGCGUGAGGGCUUCCUUAAGCUCGACCAAAUUGACCUUGAUACCGGUCGCCGUGAACAUGACUGGGAAGCCAUCAAUGCCUACCGCGCUAGACGUGCCACCUGGCCCGCCUACCGCAAGGUCCUUGACGCCAUCUUUUAAGCGUGCGGAAAAGUACUGGUUUUGUCCCAUUGUGAAGCCGUUGAGGCAUCGUCUUUGGAUCUUUUCCAUAGCUGUCACCAAGAUCUCAUGGUAGCAGAAACCGAUAGAUAGUCACAAGGGGGGCCUUGCAUAGUUCGAUGUGCGUUUGAUACCAGAUCUCAUCGUAUUAGCUAUACAUAAUCACUGUCUUUGCCAAUCA